AUGAUAGUAUCAUACACCACUUGGUUAGAACACGGUGAACUUCCAGAAAACAAUAACCUUGAUGAAAGCAAUAGGGAGAAUGAUGAGGAGAAUGAUGAGGAUAAAGAUGAAUAUGAUGAACUGAUAGAGGACUAUCAAAGGGGGAAUUUUAUGGAGGGUGAUACUCUAGAAAGAGAGGAUGUACGACACUUUGAUAAAUUGUUGGAUGCUUCCCAAUGUUGCUUGUACCCAGGUUGCAAAAACUCGGAUACUUUGUUAUCAUUCGUUAUUCAGAUGCUACAUGUGAAGGUAGAAAAUAGGUGGAGCAAUAAGUCUUUUGACAAGGUUUUGGAGAUACAAAGGCGAUUCCUACCAGAAGGCCACGUGGUGCCAGGGUCAAUUUACGAGUGCAAGAAGUUACUACGUGACUUGGGCUUGGGGUACGAGCUCAUCGAUGCAUGUAAACAUGAUUGUGUACUAUUCUGGAAGGAGAAUGCUCACUUGGAAAAAUAUCCCACAUGUCAAGCAUCUAGGUAUAGAGUAAAUGAUAGCAAGGGUAAGAAGAUCCCUCACAAGAUAUUGCGUUAUUUCCCAUUGACACCUAGGUUGAGAAGAUUGUACAUGUCUAAGAAGACGGCAAAAGACAUGAGAUGGCAUAGUGAUAAGCGUGUCGAUGAUGGUGUAGGGAGGCAUCCGGCUGAUUGUAAAGAGUGGAAGGAAUUUGAUUUGCAUUAUCCAGAGUUUGCCCAGGAGACUCGCAAUGUUAGGUUGGGCCUAGCCACCGAUGGGUUCAAUCCUUUUGGGAACAUGAGCACUUCCUAUAGCAUGUGGCCUGUCAUACUCAUGCCCUAUAACCUCCCACCUUGGAGAUGUAUGAAGGCCCCAUUUUUCAUGAUGUCCUUACUUAUUCCUGGACGUAAUCAACCAGGGACUGAUAUUGAUGUCUACCUAAGGCCAUUGAUUGAUGAGUUGAAGGAGUUGUGGGAGAAUGGUUAUUUGUCUUGCCCUCCUUGUAAUGAUAAUCCGUUGUCACGCGGGUUGAUCAGUAAGAUUGGGUGGGUGGGUCAUCGAGCUUACUUGCCUGAUAACCACCUUUGGAAGAAAGACAAGAAGUUUGAUGGUUUAACUGAGCUUAGAAAGAAAUCCUUGGAUUUACCGGUGGAAAAAGUAAUGGCUCAAUUGGAUCAAUUGCGGGAAGUCAAGUUUGGAAAGGAUCCUACCAACAAGAAAAGACCACGAGAGUCUGAAGAAUUGAAUUGGACAAAGAAAAGCAUAAUGUGA